CACUGUACCUGUUCUUUCUGCGAUGGGUUUCUAAGUAGGACGGAAGCCCAUGAGCCUGGCUCUUUCGCUGGGUGGGACCCUGUGUGUGUGUGUGUGUGCAUGACGUAUGAGCUUGCUCCAGAAGGGGACAGGAAGUCACUGGAGGCUCUCAGCUCCAGGUCAUCCCUGACUCACUCCAAAGGUACCUACUACAAUCAGCCUUCUCAACAGUAGGAGAGAGCUCGCCUGACUUCACCAUCUUGGGGUUGAUCAUACCAAUCUUUUCCUACUUACGAGGCAGCCAGAGUGGUAACUAAUAUAGGAGAAACUGCUUCCAUCUGCUGUUCGAAAGUCGGGCCGUGAGGGUCCAGGACAUCUAAGGGUGAUGUUGGACUCCGUAACCCAUAGCACCUUUCUGCCCAACACAUCCUUCUGUGACCCCCUGAUGUCUUGGACCGAUUUGUUCAACAAUGAAGAAUAUUACCCUGCCUUUGAACAUCAGACAGCCUGUGACUCCUACUGGACAUCAGUGCACCCUGAAUACUGGACCAAGCGCCAUGUCUGGGAGUGGCUCCAGUUCUGCUGCGAUCAGUACAAGCUGGACGCCAACUGCAUCUCCUUCUGUCACUUCAACGUCAGCGGCCUGCAGCUGUGCAGCAUGACGCAGGAGGAGUUCAUCGAGGCAGCCGGCAUCUGCGGGGAGUACCUGUACUUCAUCCUCCAGAACAUUCGCUCCCAAGGUUAUUCCUUUUUCAACGAUGCUGAAGAGACCAAGACUGCCAUCAAAGACUAUGCUGAUUCCAGUUGCUUGAAGACAAGUGGUAUGAAGAGUCAAGACUGUCACAGUCGAACAAGCCUCCAAAGCUCUCACCUGUGGGAAUUUGUCAGAGAUUUGCUUCUGUCUCCUGAAGAAAACUGUGGCAUCCUGGAAUGGGAAGACAGGGAGCAGGGCAUUUUCCGAGUGGUUAAGUCAGAAGCCCUGGCCAAGAUGUGGGGACAAAGGAAGAAGAAUGACAGGAUGACAUAUGAGAAGCUGAGCAGAGCCCUGAGAUACUACUAUAAGACGGGGAUUUUGGAGCGGGUUGACCGGAGGUUAGUGUACAAAUUUGGAAAGAAUGCGCACGGGUGGCAAGAAGACAAACUAUGAUCUAUGCUGACACCAAGCUCCUUUGAUGGAUUUCUGUUGUUUGAAACAAUCAGAUCAAAAUAGACAGAUGAAAGUCUUCUCCUCCCUCCUCCUCCUCCCCCUCCUCCUCUUCAAACCCUGCAAACACGAUGAUAAAAUUUCUUCACAUCUCAGCUUA